GUCAGGAGAUAUUCUUAUAGUAGAGUAGACAUCUUUCCAUGAUGACAGAUGCUGGCAGACAGGUAGAUUGUCUUGCAACUCAGAUCACUUCUUCCCUUUUAUUUUAAAAAGUAUAAAAACUGCUGGAUAACUCAGGUUUCUGAAUAGAAGCUCAACUGACACUUGUGCAGCUAUGAAACAUGGAGAUUAAUUAGCUGGCUUUUCUAAUCUCUCAAAUUUUAGAAUUCUAUAGUUUAGCAAAAUAAUAUUUUAGGAAAAGAUCCCCUAAUUCCUGAACUAACCUGUUCCCAUUAUCUCAGACUGUUUUCUAGCAGGAGUAUUCAAGUUAUCCAAAGAAUGCUUUAGGGAGAAUUAUACAAAAUAUAAAAAUAUGUGUAUUCCUUCUCAGUUGCAUGUUGUUCCUGUUAGUGUAAUGAAAAAUAGAUGUGGUCUUAUGAUUUCUCCAAAGUACUGUAAAGUUGGUUAUUAGAACUUAUAAAGUGGGGGAGGUGCUAGGACCUAAUGGAAUUUAAGCAGUUUAAGUCCAAGGCUGGAUGAGACAUGCAUGGGUGUGGUUCAGUCUAAGCAAAAACAGAUGAACUAGUUUUUCUACAUAUGCAACUCAGACUCCAUUACAGCUUUUGUCUCCGCUCAGAAACUUCUGUGACUUUCUUUUUACUCUGCCGGAAUGUUUCUUGCAAAGGCGCUCCUGGAAGGGGCAGAGAAAGGGGGUCUUGGAGAAGCAAUUGGAGGCCUCUUUGGUGGAGGAGGGCAAAAAAGAGGAGGAAAUAUUGGAGGCAUUGUUGGGGGAAUUGUAAACUUCAUCAGUGAGGCUGCAGCAGCUAAUUAUACACCCGAACCACCGCCUUCUUACCAGCACUUUUCAAAUGUUGAAGCCAGUGAAAGUGAGGAAGUUAGGCAAUUUCGUCGUAUCUUUUAUCGACUGGCUGGAGAUGACAUGGAAGUAAGUGCCACUGACCUGAUGAAUAUUCUCAACAAGAUUAUUUCCAAGCACAGAGAACUGAAUUCUGAAGGCUUUAGCCUUGAUACUUGCCGGAGCAUUGUAGCUGUCAUGGACAGUGAUGCUACAGGAAAACUAGGAUUUGAGGAAUUUAAGUACCUGUGGAACAACAUCAAGAAAUGGCAAUGUGUUUACAAGCAGUAUAAUACCAACCAUUCUACUUCUCUUGAGGCAACACAACUGAAGGGAGCUAUUCAGGCAGCAGGCUUCAAGCUCAAUGAGCAACUUUACCAGUUGAUUACCCAUAGAUAUACUGAAGAAGAUGGAAGCAUAGAUUUUAACAACUUCAUUAGCUGCCUGGUUCGUCUAGAUGCCAUGUUUCGUGCUUUCAAGUCACUAGAUGGAGAUCGAGAUGGACAAGUUCAAGUAAAUAUUCUAGAAUGGCUGGAACUGACUAUGUAUUCCUGAAGCAAAUGCUGGAAAGACACAGUCCUGCCUUGAGGAUAGGACUGCUCUAAGCCUAGGUGUGUCUGUCCGGGAUGGGGCAUUAUAACUGUUAUAUAUCCUCUCUGCAGUUUCUGAAAUUUGUGCAGGUUUUUGUUGCUUCAUUAAAGCAGAUUUUAAUGCAAAAUAUAUUGAGUAGUUUGUAUAUUACCUAUAUAAUAAAUGUUUUACUUCUUUGAAAUUGUAUGUAUAUGAUUUUGUAGGUGAAAAGCUAAAUACAAAAAUCUUGAAAGGAAUAGACUCUUAAAAACUUAAUAUAAUAUCCUGUUCUCAACUGGGAAUUAUUUAGCAAAUUAAUUCUUCGCAGUAGAAAAUGUUUACUAAGAGUAAAAAACAAUCCUGGAAUAAAUUAAUGAAAUAGCCAGUGUUCUUCUCCUCUCACUCAUUUCCCCCUCACUUUAGAAAUAAAAAGUUAUAUAUUUUUUGCUUUUGAGUUCA